AUGAUGCACCUGCCACCAUGGAACGGCUUCCAACGCCGCUGGGAAUCGUGUUCCAGAAUUACCGCGGAAUGGGCUCCCAUGUGGCGCACCUACAGAAGCCGGCCAACCAACUGCUCAUGCAGCUGGCGGCCGUCGCAUCCUGCGGCUAGGGACCAAAGCGAGACAAACUGCGUUCCUUCUACUUGGCGGUUGUGCAGGCCGAACCUCUGUGUGACGUCGAAGUAUGGUACUGGGGCGCAUCCCCAGUCCCGCGAUCAAUUCUUGCUGCUGGACCGUACAAAGCCUGUAGCACAAUUGCCGGCAUCGCAAAAGGCAGCCACACGGAGGAUGCCUUGCUUGAGGCCAACCCGCAUCCACCAAGUACGAUGCUACUGUCACGUAGCCUCCAAUACAUCCCCUUGUGCGAAGCACGAGGGUGAGCAGUGCGUGCUACCGCUAAAGUUGUAUACUUGA